UAAGAAAUUUUAAAUAAAUCAUGAUAAUACUGAAUAGAUGCUCACCCAUCAGGCAGAUCCUCCGGCGCUGUCAUACCGAAGCGGCUGCCUGCAGCAAGGUCAGAAACCCCUUGACUGCAUUCUUUGGCAAGUGGCCGGAGUCGGAGCAGCAGGAGUUCGUUCAACACAUGCGCAUCAUCCCGGAUUUCAUCACCGAGUCGGAGGAGCAACAGCUCCACGAAGAGGUUGAGCCGUACAUGAACCGGCUGCGCUAUGAGUUCGAUCACUGGGACGACGCCAUACACGGGUUUAGAGAGACUGAGCGCAAGAAGUGGUAUCCACAUAACCGCGAUGUCCUAGAGCGUGUGCGCCAAGUGGCAUUCGACGGGGCCAUAAUGCCCUACAUCCAUGUCCUGGAUCUAGCCGCUGACGGGGUCAUCAAGCCGCAUGUGGACAGCACCAGGUACUGCGGCACCACCAUCUCGGGCAUCAGCUUACUAAGCGACAGCGUAAUGCGUCUCGUGCGCACAGAUGCCCAGAAGUACCAGCAGCCCGUCACGGAGACAGUGACGGAUGCCAAGAGCGCGGACUCCGAUGCAGUAUAUGGCCAUCGGCGUUUUCCGGAGGCAUUGCUGGAAAAUGGCUUCUACGCAGAUCUGCUACUCCCGCGGCGCUCGCUCUACAUAAUGUGCCACACGGCUCGCUACAAUUUCACUCAUGAGAUACUGUCGAAGGAGCACUCUACGUUCCUCGGCACAGCCAUACCAAAAGCACGUCGGAUAUCUAUAAUUUGCCGCAACGAUCCAUGAGGAUGUGCCACCUUGUACGACUGCUGAAAGCGCAACGCUUUCCUUCCUAUAUUAAUUGAAGCGUUGAGAUACAAAUCCGUCUAUCCGUAGAGGUAUCCACAUAGAAA